AUGUAUAGGCUGCAACAAAAGUUUUAUAGGCUGAAGGAUCACCUAAAGCAGUGGAACAAGGAUACUUUUGGCAAUAUCUUCUCUCUGGUAGACCAAGCUAAGGCUGCUGCUAAUGAAGCUAAGAAACAGUUUGAUAGGCUGCCUUCCGAAGCCAAUUUGACCAACCUAAACAGACAAAAUGCUGCUCUGGUCCAUGCUCUAAAACUUGAGUCUGAGUUUUGGAGGCAGAAAAGCAACUGCAAAUGGCUUGAAGCGGGAGAAAGGAACACCAAAUUCUUUCACGCCUCUGUCAAGAAGAAAAGGUUGAAAUCCAGAAUCUCCAGAGUGAUGGACAAUCAACAAGAAAUCACUGACUCUGCUCAAAUUAAGGAUUCUGCGGUUCGGUUCACUUCAAGUCUCUUAAGUGAUACCUCUGCCACCUCUCUUCCUCAUGAUUUUCCAUUCCAAUUUCCUCAAAUUCAUCAAGAUGUCCUCUCUAACCUCUGUCAGCCACCCUCCCAUGAUGAUAUCAAAGAGGUUGUCUUUUCUAUUAAUAAAGACAGUGUAGCUGGGCCUGAUGGACUCACCCCAAUCCUGAGUGGCUUUGUACCUGGUAAGCUCAUUGCCGACAAUAUCCUUCUAGCCCAAGAAAUGACACAUCAUCUUGACAUGAGUCAUAGCAAAGGGAAUCUUAUUUUAAAAUUGGAUAUGUCUAAGGCUUAUGACAGGGUGAACUGGAAAUUUCUCUAUAUGAUUCUUGAGAAGAUGGGUUUCCCUACCAGAUUUAUUAUUCUCAUCAAGCACGCUAUUGAACAUUGCUGGUUUACCAUUCUGGUUAAUGGAGAACCAUCUGGUUUCUUCAAAUCAUCUCAAGGACUUAGACAAGGUGAUCCAAUCCCCUGCUUUAUUCAUCCUUGCUGCAGAGGUUCUUUCCAGAGGGCUUAA